AGCUUCAUUUCUCUCUCUCUCUUCACUGUGUAAAUCCUGAACUCUACCUUUCCCAAUUUUCUUAUCUCUUUGUUCAGUUUGUCUUCUUCUUUUAUUUUCUUUCCUUAGCUGUGUACAGCGAUUUCGAAUUUGGGACUUUCUGGCAUCAGGACUGGUUGUCUAGAACAAACGUUUACUCAAUUUUGCGUUUCACUCCACCGCGCUGUUGCGCAUCUGCCCGUUAGGCCUCUUCGAACGCUAAUAUUGUUGGUGGAUAUCUCAGCGGUAAUACAAAAUGGAUGCCAAAGAAAUCGAAUUCAAAGCCAAGGCUCUCACAAAAGCCGCGACAUCCAGCGAACCACCAGCCAACAUAAUUAACAUCUUGAAGGAACUCCAAAAGGGGGUCCGACCUACAGAAGACCUACUCCGCUCAACCCGAAUCGGUAUUGUGGUGAACAAACUCAAACAACACAAGGCCCAGGACGUCGCCCGCCUAUCGUCCGAGAUUGUCUCGAAAUGGAGGAGUGAAGUGAAUAAGCAGAAAUCAAAUGGUUCGCCGAAUCCGCAUCGUUCCAGUACACCCCGGACCGGUACGGCGUCGCCUGCUCCGGCGAGUACACCUGGUGAUAGGAAGUCGACUGUUCCACCCGAGAAACGGUCCUGGAAGGCAGAUGGUGUUGAUACCAACGUCACGAAUAAUAAAGUCCGCGAUAGCUGCCUGGGUCUGAUGUACGAUGGGUUAUCGUUUAUGUCUACCGAGCUUCCGAAGGUGGUAUUAGCAAAGGCGAUAGCUGUGGAAGCUGCAGCAUUCACCUCAUUCGGACCCGAAACCAAAGAACAAUACAAGACGAAGAUUCGAAGCCUGUUCCAGAAUUUGAAGAAUAAAUCGAACCCACAACUUCGACAGCGUGUGCUAUCAAACGAAGUGACGCCGGAGAAGUUUGUCAAAAUGACCCACGAAGAACUCAAAUCCGACGAGCGAAGGGCGUUGGACGAGAAGAUUCAUAAGGAGAAUAUGGACAAAGCAAUGGUGGCACAAGCCGAACGAAGUAUCAGCUCAAGUCUACAGUGCGGUAAAUGUGGUCAACGCAAGGUUACUUAUACCGAGGCACAGACGCGCAGUGCUGAUGAACCGAUGACAUUGUUUUGUACUUGUCUGAAUUGCGGAAAGUCGUGGAAGCAGUAACUUUUGCUUUCUGUCUGAUACCGAUCUCGGUCCUUGUUUUUGUUUUGUCUUUUCUAGAGCCUUUCAUGCAGACAUGCCUUAAGUAUGAUCCCAGGUCGAGACUACCGUUCAUCUCGAAGGGAAAAGGAGUUGCGGGUGCUUCACUACUUUUCAUUCUCUUUGCUUCUUAUACUUCUGCUUGAAAUUGUAACUUUAGCACAAUAUUCUCGUUUUC